AUGAGCUCGGGGAGACGCAGCGAGCGUCGCGGGGAGCAGGCGAGGAGCAAGGCGGCCACUAGGGUGCGCUGCGAGACCGGGAAUCCCCGCCGGGGCGCCCCCGCCGCCGCGCCGCCCGGAGCCGCGCGCACGCCUGCCGAGCUUUGCCGCAGGCGGCCCUGGGUCUCCGCUUUCAGACUCGGGGUCCCGGAGUGGGAUGCGCUGCCCGAGGCGGUGCUAACCCCGGGGGACCGGGUGGCGCCCCCAGCGCCGCGCGGCCGGCCGGGCCGCUCCGCCGACAGAGCCCGAGGAGCGCGCGAGGCUCACGUCCGGCUCCGCCCGGGGCGCGGAUGCGCUAGGAGCGCGGCGGGCAGCUGGCCUCGCCGCGGGUUCAAGUGCAUCCUCGGGGCUGGAGCCCGCGGCGCUGGGAGCGAAUUCUCCCCGGCGCAGCCCCUUCUCCGGAGACCAGCGUGGCCCGCUGCUCCCGGGAUCCCUCUCCUUGGCCCUCUCGCCCGCGAUGGGCCGCCCGCCGGGGGCAGGGACCCGGGAGCGGGCUCCCCCAAGUCCAACGUGGAAGCUCCGCCUGGAAAAGAAGUCCGACUUCCUCUCCACGCUGCUCGGAGUGGAAUCUGGAAUCGGCAGGAAAUAGUUCCAGCCCCCAGCCUGCGCCCUUGCAGUCAGCCCUCGCUCUGCUGAAGAGAAGCAGCUCCCACCAAAGUCUUGCCUCCCCCUCCCCCCGAAAGCCCCGCUCAGGUUUGUAAAGAGGGGUGCGAGAUCGGCAAAGUAUUUGUCUCCGAGGGACAGGAGGUCGGUGACCGCACCCAAUGAAAGACGGGUGCUUUUUAGAUAGAGGUAACCAACGGGCCACGUCUUGUUUUGCAGUCCAAAAUGAUGCAGACGCUGCCAUCUGAGGAGCCAAAAUCAGGAGUGUGUUCAUGAGAAGUUAGUGAAAUAGGAAAUAAAUAGGUAGUGACCCAGUUCGUGGCAUCAUUCUUCCUCAGGGAUGUCCAAGGUUUUAAGCUGCAUUUAAGAAUGAACUACGUUUUGCCAGAAAGUAAAUAUUUUAAGGUAAACCCGUUGCUAAAGCCCUAAGAGGUAAGUUAAAGUUGCCACCUAAGAUCCUUUAGUUUCCUGUCGAGGCUCAGUGGGUUACUAGGAUGCGGAUGCCUCAUAUUUUUAAUUUUCCAGAUGGCAAGAGCAUUUGAUUUUUGUUUGGCAAGGUAAUGUUCAAGACAAAUGGAGCAGCCGAAGAUCUUUUGAUAAGCAAUGUUCACUUGACACUUCCAGCCUAAAAUAAAUAGAAUUAAUUUAUAGUGGGAAUUAUAGUCCCAUGUUUUAGGUUUUUUUUUCUUGUCAUAAGUUAGAUGAGAGAAAAAAGUGUUCUGUAACAGUUUUUAAAACAACCCUGUUUAUUAUCAUCUGCAAAGUAUUGAAUUCAAAGUAGCCUGGCCUGGCGCAUGGAGCUGAAAAAGCAAACAAGUUAAAUGUGAGUUGACAUUUGCUAUCAAGACUUUGAGAGCUAAUAAAAACAGAAUUAAAAGGGAUGGGUAGAAAUGACAAAAUUUCUGUUUGACUCAAUGUGCCUGCUUGGGGGGAAGGACAGAUGACAUGUCGGUGACUUGCUUUGGAGCCAUUCGCUGCAGACGGCAACUGGCAACUGGCAACUGUGAAUGUGGUCGAUCAGUGUUCCUUUGAAAAAUGAAGGGCGAGUAGGUUUAUGGAAUAAAUCUAGAAACAAGUAUUUUACGGCAUAGGAUUUUUUCAAACGUUCAGACCAAAAGUUUUGUAUUUAAAAUUUCAUGAUAAACAUUUCUGCAUUGAUUUAUGAAGUUCAAAAGAAACUUUAUGCUUGUAUUAUUUUGUCCUGGGUUUACAUUUCAGAUUGAAGUUCAUCUGUCCUUCAGAAAAAAUAUUUUCGUAACUAUUAAAAACAUCACGACUAGUAUUUUUAACUCUCUUCAGGUAGAUAUAUGAUUACUGUAAGUAAUUUUUUUUAAAUUUUAAACAAGGUUAGUACAACCUAUUUAAGGAGUUCAGUUUACUCCAAAACUGUAAAUGUAGUCUAUGUGAAAUUGUAACAUCAAAGGUUUUUGUAAAGAAACUUGUGGAUUAAUAUCUUUUAAAUGAAUAUUAAAAUGUGUUUUAAAGGGAUUCUUCCACACUGUCCCCCCCAAAGAAAAAUCAGAGAUUGUUUUCCAUUCUACAGAAAUAUUAUAAUCAGAUAUAAGAAAAUUAUUACCAUAACAGUUCUGUCAAGAUGGUGGAUACUUUUGAAUGUAUUAUGAAGGAAAAAGAAUAUUCCCUGCUCUUUAUACGUUUGAGGUACUUGAAAAGGCAAGAAGUUUGUAAAAACAUUUUACUGCUGAAAUCUACAAGACCAUUAAAAUGUGCAAGUAAUUCGAUU